CUGGCCCAUUAUCCCCCAGGCAUAAAAUCUACUGAAUCGGAAAGGAUUGGCUAUCUCGCCGAUUCCUGCAGUCGUCCUUUUCCCCUUCCGAGAAAUUUCUUUUGCUUCUUCACGCUGUAUCAUCCCCAACCCUCGGCGGAUCAAAUUUUCUUCAUAUAGUUUUUGUUUCUUAUUUGCCAGAUCGAAACAUAUUUCGGCUGGCAUCAUAGUUUGGGAAAAGGUCGACAAUUAUCGUGUUGUUCUCCCCAUCCGGCAUCCGCCGAGGAAUUAUUUGAUCUAUGGUCUCUUCAACACUUCGCUGCUACAAAUCUAACCGCCACGAGCUGACUGUUGAUUUCCAAGAAUAUGACUAUGCUUUCUUUCCAAGAAAGAGGCUCAAAGUAUCCGAUUCAGAAGUAGCUUCCCCAAGAAUUGCAUCUGGCAAUGGCUGUGAGGUUGCCUCGUCUCCAGAGCCGUGUUUAAAUGAGUGUCAAUAUCAUAGGUGCUUGGAUACCAUCAACGUUUCUUCAUUUUCCUCCAAUUGUGAUGAACAUAUUGGUUCAAAUUCUGCAGUGGAUAUGAGCUGUCGAUCGAAUGGCUGUAAUGGUGAUAUUUCCCAGCCUUGUAAUACUGGAAUCACUUCAGACCAAGAGAAGAAUUAUUUUGGAUAUGCUCCACCUGCUUUUGUCACUGGUUGGAUGUAUGUCAAUGAGCAAGGGCAGAUGUGUGGUCCUUACAUUCAGGAGCAGUUGUAUGAGGGUUUAUCUACGGGGUUUUUGCCGGAGGAGCUUCCUGUCUAUCCCAUCUUAAAUGGGGCUUUAAUUAAUCCUGUGCCUUUGAAGUACUUCAAGCAGUUUCCUGACCAUGUUGCCACAGGUUUCACUUACUGUAGUACUGGCAUCCCAAGCACAGCUGGAUCCACAGAUUGUAUUAACUCUCACAGUUGUGAUUUGGUGGCACAUAAGCAAGAUGAGCCCGCUGUGUAUGCUGCCCCAAUUACACAGUCUCUGUCCCAUUCGUCUCAACUGCAACGAUCCCAUGAUAAGCUUCCCAUUAAUGUCAAUGCCAAUAGUUAUGGCUCUAGGAAGCAGGUGGUGGUGUCUGAUAUGGCUAAUAGGACUGCAUUACCUUCUUCUCUGUCAAAUGAAGAAUCGUGUUGGCUGUUUGUAGACGAUGAUGGAAAGACACAUGGGCCUCAUUCUCUUAUGGAACUGUGUUUUUGGCAUCAACAUGGUCAUCUUCGUGAUUCGUUGAUGAUAUAUCAUGCAGAACACAAGUUUAGACCCUUACCUUUGGUAUCUAUGAUAAAUGCAUUAAGAACAGAUAGACCUGAAAUUGUCUCCCUCUCUGGUGGUGAAAGCAACAGAACUGACUCUUUGCUGAACUUCAUAUCUGGAAUUUCUGCAGAAGUUUCUUGCCAAUUGCACUCUGGAAUCAUGAAAGCGGCUCGUAGAGUUGUCCUAGAUGAGAUUAUAAGCCACAUCAUUGCAGACUUUGAUGCUAUAAAGAAAACUCAAAGGAAUGUUAAGCCUGAACCAGUCAAUCAGUCUGUCAAAACAUGCGAUAUUGACAGGGGAAUGGGCUGUGCUUCUUCUGGUAGUGAAGCAGCGGUGCCUUCUCAUGCCUCUCACCAGAUAUGUCAGAUUAAUGGAAAUCCUUCGCAGUCUCCAACGAGUACAAAAUUUGUUGGAAGCAUUGAAAAUUUUCGAGGGGCAUAUUUGGCGGUCUGCAGAUUGUUCUUUGAUUCUUGUAUGCAGGUCAUGUGGAAUGCUGUCUUUUAUGAUCCUAUAGCAGGGUAUUCCUCUAGAUGGAUAAAGCAAAAACGAUGGCUUUGUCAUCCUAUGGGUACAUCAUAUGUUGUUGAAAGGGGCUUUGUGGACCAUCCUGCAAGGACUGGAAAGCUAACUGAUGAACCUUUGCCACCAGAGCAGGGAUCAUCUGCUUGUGAGGCGGACUGUCCUCCUGGGUUUGAAACACUGGCACUGCCAAAGGAACUGAUUAUCAAUGCCCAGUCAUCUAUGAUUUCUUCAUCUUCUUCUGUGGAAGAAAAAUUACCUAUACAGAAGAACCCAUCAUAUAGCAAUGAUGGUGACAUGGAAGGCAUUGUGGAAAGUGUUCUAACUGCACUCCAUGUGUCUGCAAAGAUAUAUCUGGCUGAGUAUGUUGAAAGUUGUGUUGGGGAGGAAGUGAGGAAACAAGUUAAUUCUCUUAACAAUGACAGAUUGAAUGAGGACACUGUUGAUUCUUCUGCUCUUCGUGCAUAUACUAGUGGAUAUGGUUCUUCUGACGGAUGCGCUCAUGUAGGGAUGGAUCUGAAAGUAAUGUCAACUCAGAUUAUAGGAUUUGAUGAUUCUCAAACUCCAUCGCAAAUAUCUAAACCCUGUUGUUCUACUGUCUCUGUAUGUGGAACUGUUAAGCCUAAUAUUUUGGCAAGGGCAUUUGGGAGUGUGUGCACACAUAGAAGUGAUGUGGUUGAUAAGUAUGCAAAUGAUGAGCCGCUACCCCCUGGGUUUGAAGGCAGUUCAUGGAUUGCUCCACGACUCAUCUGCAAAUUCCGUCCAUCAAGGUCAGGGGAGUGUCUUCCAAAGAUAGGAAAAUAUGUUGCCAUUGCAAUGUGUCGACAAAAGUUGCAUGAUGAUGUACUGAGAGAGUGGAAAUCCUUAUUUGUUGAUGGUGCUCUUAAUUAUUCUUUCAAAUCAUGGUAUAAUUCAAAGAGACAUCGUGAAUUUGAUGACAAUGAGGGGGUCCUGAAUGUGAAAAAAGGCAAGCUCAAUGAUUCCCCUACUGUCCUGGACAAACUUGAGGAAAGAUUUAAGAAUUGUCGCGGUUCAGACUCUUCAAAAGUGCCUCUGGGGAUUGGUGGAUAUACAUAUUAUCGCAAGAGAAGAUUGGUACGGAAAAAUUCAGGGUAUUUGUCCCAAUGUGUGAAGUCUUUGGAUGUUGAUUCACAGAAUCAAUUGAAGGAAAGUUUGAGGAAACUGGAUUCAGGAGAUGUUUCUGGGGUAGCAGAAAGUGAAACUGCAGUUUCGAAUCCUAAAGAGAUUGGGCUAGAUGAAUGCCAGAAUGAUUCAGCUGUGAAUGCUGGGUCUUUGCAAAUAAUUGGUGAAACUGGUUUGAGUGGUAAUUGCUCGCCAACAAAGAGUCCAAUUGGCCGAAAAUUGAAGAAGGCGCCUCGUUUAGUCAAAAGUAAUGAAGUAAAAGGUGAUAAAAAAUAUAGCAAAUUAAGGGUCUCUGCUUUCAUAGGGGAUCAGAAUGGUGUUGAGAUGGUUGUUAAUCUUCAUGACCGUGAUGUUGUAAUUCAGGAAAAGCAAGUUGAUAAUUGUUUGAAUAAGAUACCAAAAUCAAAUAAGGUAUCAAAACUGAAGAGGAAGCAUUUAACAAAUGAUGUGCCUUCACUGAACUCUGGAAAGUUUAUGAAAUUGGAAAAUGGUGCUGCAAAGCAAGCAUCAUACAGACAAAUUGCAGUACGGAAAAUCAAGUCCAGUAAAUCCACAAUAUUAAACCCUUGCCCCAUGUCAGAUGGAUGUGCUCGAUCAUCAAUUAAUGGCUUGGAAUGGCAUAAAUGGUCUAUAAAUGCAAGUCCUGCUGAAAGAGCCCGUGUUAGGGGAACUCGUUUUGUUCACACACGGGAUUUAAAUUCUGAGACCAGUGCACCUCAGUUAUCAAAUGUUAAAGGCAUUUCUGCAAGAACAAACAGGGUUAAAGUACGCAACCUUCUUGCUGCUGCUGAGGGUGCUGAUCUCUUGAAAGCUACUCAGUUGAAGGCGAGAAAGAAGCGUUUGCGUUUCCAACGGAGCAAGAUACAUGAUUGGGGUCUUGUUGCACAAGAACCAAUUGAGGCGGAGGACUUUGUCAUUGAAUAUGUUGGAGAACUAAUUCGUGCUCGGAUAUCUGAUAUACGUGAACGCCAUUAUGAGAAAAUGGGAAUUGGCAGCAGUUACCUUUUUAGACUGGACGAUGGUUAUGUGGUUGAUGCUACAAAGCGUGGAGGGAUUGCUAGGUUUAUAAAUCAUUCGUGCGAGCCUAAUUGCUACACCAAAGUCAUAAGUGUUGAAGGCCAAAAAAAAAUUUUUAUUUAUGCAAAACGACACAUAGCUGCUGGUGAAGAGAUCACAUACAAUUACAAGUUUCCUUUGGAGGAGAAGAAGAUUCCUUGCAACUGUGGUUCUCGCAGGUGUCGUGGCUCAAUGAAUUAGGAAGUGUUUCUGUUGUCAAUACCGGUUUUUCUUACAAGUGCUGCUUCUUGCACUGCACUGCAUUGCAUUGUAGACAAUUGUCAACUCCAUGGGGAUGAUAGCUCUCGCCCAGACAAAAAUUGUGCAGAAUCCCAAGGGGUUCUCCAUGUUCUUCUUGCUGAUUGAGCAUGCGCGUGGUGCUUCUGAGUCCAGGAGGUGCUGAGAUGGUCCUUUAUGUUCUAAAAUUCCCUCUACAGACAGAUUAUUGAAAGUUUUGCUGCCUGUUGACGGUUAAAGUGUGAAGAUAAUUGAGUUGUGGCUGGUUUUUGUGACCGGUUUUGUCUUCAUUUGUUAUGUUUCAUGGUUCUCAAUUUCAGCUGGACGAUAUGAUUGAGGUGAUUUUUUCAAUUGAGAUUUUUGCAUUCAUCAAGGAAGAUGAAUUACAAGCUCAUGUGCAUUAUUGUAUUUCUCUCAGUUGCAGAUGAGUUUCUCCUCUUGAAAACUGUAAAUGUGUUUACUGUUUUCCUUGCUUAUAUUGGCAUUAUUGGAACAUAAACCUUUUGUACAAACAUGGCUUAUUUUUAAUUUUAUUAUCACAUCAAUAAAGUAUACAGAGAACCAUGGAAUUCAUACCA